GUGUGCGCAUGCUUUUUUACACUACAAGGUUAGAGACAAACAACUUGCAGUGUCUCCAGGACCUCCAGGCGCCAGAAGAGAACACAAAAUCUAGUAUUUUAGGGGGUGUUUAGAUGGUUUAAGGUUUCUAUAAUUAUAAAUCGGCCCAUUAAUUUGCAAUUCCAGUUGACGGAUUAAACGGCUUUGUAAGAUUUUGUGAGAUGCGACUGUCCAGAUCUUUGUCAAUAACAUCAUUAAGUGGACUUCCACUGUUUGAAGAGGAAAGUCUACCUGUGGAAGAUCUCCUGCUCUUUGAGGUUGCAUGGGAAGUCACAAAUAAAGUGGGAGGAAUAUACACUGUUAUUCAGACGAAAGCUAAGAUCACUGUGGACGAAUGGGGCGAAAACUACUUCAUGAUGGGACCUUACUAUGAACACAACUUCAAGACUCAGGUGGAGAAAUGUGAACCUCCAAACCAAGCCAUCAGAGCUGCCAUGGACUCCCUGAUCAACAACGGCUGCCAGGUUCACUUUGGCCGCUGGCUGAUUGAGGGCAGUCCAUACGUGAUUCUCUUUGACAUUGGUGCCGCUGCCUGGAACCUGGACCGCUGGAAGGGGGAUCUGUGGAGCGCCUGCAGCAUCGGCCUGCCAUAUCAUGAUCGAGAGGCUAAUGAUUCGCUCAUCCUGGGCUCUCUGGUGGCCUGGUUCUUCAAAGAGUUAACAGACCAGCUUCAGGACAAGCUCAAUGUAAUCGCUCAUUUUCACGAGUGGCAGGCUGGGACAGGACUGGUACUGAGCCGCUCCCGAAAUCUUCCCCUGGCAACUAUUUUCACCACUCAUGCCACCCUGCUGGGUCGUUACUUAUGUGCCGGUAAUGCGGACUUCUACAACAACCUAGACAAGUUUGACAUUGACCGAGAGGCUGGAGAGAGACAGAUUUACCACAGGUAUUGCUUGGAGAGAGCUGCGGUUCACUGUGCGCAUGUCUUCACAACAGUGUCCCAAAUCACAGCGGUGGAGGCCGAUCACAUGCUCCACAGGAACCCAGAUGUCGUCACCCCCAAUGGCCUGAACGUUAGGAAGUUUUCAGCCAUGCACGAAUUCCAGAACUUGCACUCCAUGAACAAAUCCAAGAUCCAGGAGUUCGUAAGAGGACACUUCUAUGGUCAUCUGGACUUCAAUCUCGAGAAGACUCUGUUUUUUUUCAUCGCUGGACGGUAUGAGUUUUCUAAUAAGGGAGCAGAUCUGUUUCUCGAAUCUCUGUCCAGAUUGAACUACUUGCUAAGGGUUCAUAAGAGUGACGUUACAGUUGUUGUGUUUUUUGUCAUGCCCGCCAAGACCAACAACUUUAAUGUGGAGUCGCUUAAAGGACAGGCUGUACGCAAACAACUGUGGGACACGGCUCAGUCGGUGAAGGAGAAGUUUGGCAAAAAGCUUUACGAGAGCUUGUUGAGGGGUGAAAUCCCAGACAUGAGCAAAAUCCUGGACAGAGACGAUUUCACCAUCAUGAAGAGAGCCAUUUAUGCAACACAGCGACACUCUCUUCCUCCAGUAACAACUCACAACAUGCUGGAUGACUCCACUGACCCGAUCCUGGGCAACAUCCGGCGUAUCGGCCUCUUCAAUGGACGCAACGACAGAGUGAAGAUCGUGUUCCAUCCUGAGUUCCUGUCCUCCACCAGCCCCCUGCUGCCAAUGGACUACGAGGAGUUUGUGCGCGGCUGCCAUCUGGGAGUGUUUCCAUCCUACUAUGAACCAUGGGGCUACACACCAGGUGAGUGUACAGUCAUGGGAAUCCCCAGCGUAACCACAAAUCUGUCUGGGUUUGGCUGUUUCAUGGAAGAACAUGUUUCUGACCCGUCUGAAUAUGGAAUCUACAUCGUGGACCGGCGGUUUCGCUCUGCGGACGAGUCGUGUAAUCAGCUGACCCAGUUCAUGUUUUCGUUCUGCCAGAAGUCGCGCAGACAGCGAAUAAUCCAGCGUAACCGAACGGAGAGGCUCUCCGAUCUGCUGGAUUGGAGAUAUCUUGGACGAUUCUACAUGCACGCCAGACAUUUGGCCCUCAGCAGAUCCUUCCCUGAAAAAUUCAGAACGGAGCAUCUAAACCUUACGCAGACGCAGGGUUUCCGUUACCCUCGCCCGUCCUCUGUUCCUCCAUCUCCGUCAGCCUCCCUCCACUCCACCCCUCACCACAGCGAUGAAGAGGAUGACGACACAUAUGAUGAAGAGGAGGAGGCCGAGCGGGACAGACUGAACAUCAAGGCCCCGUUUAGUGUGGGCGCAGACACCGACGGUAAGAGGACACCAGUGGAAAACGGCAAUUAAUAUCUGGCAUGAAAAUGACUGAGCACAGGUUUGGGUUGCAUUAUUCAAAAAGUUUGCAUUCAAAACCUGGAAGUAAACAAGACAUUUGAAGCUUUUCUUAAUGAAAACCAAAUGUUGUAAAGUCAUUUGUAGCUCUAAUUAAUGAGUCUGUUAUGAAAAAUGACAUGGUUUUCAAUUAAACUCAGACAGGGAUAAACUGGAAAUUCGUGUUGAUUCUUCACUCGGAUCAAAAGAAACAUGUAUUGUACAUUAAUAUUGCGUACAAUAAAAUGCAAUGCGAUGUUUGGC